AUGGAUCAAUUGGCGAACGGCAAAAACCCACUCAAGUUCCUCAACUACGGCCGAACCGGCUGGAUCGGCGGCCUCCUGGGCAAAAUCUGUGAGUCUCAGGGAAUCGAUUUCACCUACUCCUCCGACAGGCUCGAGAACCGCACCUCCCUCGAGAACGACAUCGCCACCAUCAAGCCGACCCACGUCUUCAACGCCGCGGGCAUCACUGACCGCCCCAACGUCGAAUCCCACAAGGUCGAGACCAUCAGGACCAAUGUGGUCGCCUCGGCACUCUGA